AUGUUGGCCAGUGGUCUUUACACCAGUCUUUUGACUGCAGUCAACUGCCGGAGUUCGUCCAACAGAAGUGUUGUACUAACGGUAAAUGGGACGCCUCGCGUUGCCAUCCCUAAUUCGAUACCUCGGCUGGAAAGUACGUCGGACUUGAAGUACGGCGGCAACGGAUAG